AUGAAAUUGGCUGUGUUGUUAAUAAUAGGAUUGUUGAGUGGUUUUACUUAUUUAAAUGAUGAAGAGAAUGAUAGUUAUAGUGAAUUUUAGAAUUGGAAACAAUAAUAUGGUAAAUAGUAUAAUGGUCAGCAAGAAGUUUUCCGAUUCAAAAAUUUUUAAAUAAAUCGAAAUAAAGUAAAUAAACAUAAUUGUGAUGAUAAAAAAACUUAUAUAUUGAGAAUGAACCAGUUCAGUGAUUUAUCAAAUGAGGAAUACAAAUUACUUUAUUUAACACAUUAUAGUUCAGAAGAGAUUUUAUAACAAAACUAAAUAAUAGAUGGAUAAAAUUAAAUAGAUUAGAGCAGAAAAAUAUUAAAUUCAGUUGAUUGGAGAAAUAUAACACAAGUGAAAGAUUAAGGAUAAUGUUCAGGAUGUUGGGCUUUUGGAGCAGUAGGAGCUGCAGAAGCUUGGUUUUAUGUUAAAAAUAAAACAAAAGUAAUAUUAUCAGAAUAAUAAUUGAUUGAUUGUGAUACUCAAUCUUUUGGAUGUAAUGGAGGAUAUUAGAAUUUAGCAUUAAAAUAUAUUGCUAACCAUGGAUUAAAUGAUGCUAAAAUAUAUCCAUACACAUAGAAAUAAUCAAUUAUUUGUAAAAUGGAUUCAGGACCUUAUAAAACAAAUGGAGCAUAGAGUGUGAGUUCAAUAAAUUUUAAAUCUUAUUUAACGGAAUAUCCAUUAGUUGUACUUGUAGAUGCUACAAAUUGGUAAUUUUAUGGAGGGGGAAUAUUUAAAGAUUGUAAUAGAUCUGUAAAUCAUGCUGUUUUAGCUGUAGGAUUCGAUGAUAAUGAUAAUUGGUUUGUUAAAAAUUCUUGGGGUUCUUCUUGGGGUGACAAAGGAUUUAUUACUCUUGCCCCGGGAAAUACUUGUGGUAUUACUUCUUAUGCAUAUAGAGCUAUAUGAUAUUUAUAUAUAAUUAAUAAUCUUUUUAUAGUAAUUCAAUGUUUAAUUAAAUUAAUUGGAGAGAAAAGAAUGCAAUUGAAACACUAUUAAACUUAAAUGAUGAUUACUAAAAUGAAAUUGAUUAUGAUAGAGAAAUUCAACGUUUAUUCAAACCUCAUGAAAAUUCUAUUAAUCAGAUUGUGUAAAAACCUAGAUCUUAACUUCUUAAACNAAUAAUAGGAUUGUUGAGUGGUUUUACUUAUUUAAAUGAUGAAGAGAAUGAUAGUUAUAGUGAAUUUUAGAAUUGGAAACAAUAAUAUGGUAAAUAGUAUAAUGGUCAGCAAGAAGUUUUCCGAUUCAAAAAUUUUUAAAUAAAUCGAAAUAAAGUAAAUAAACAUAAUUGUGAUGAUAAAAAAACUUAUAUAUUGAGAAUGAACCAGUUCAGUGAUUUAUCAAAUGAGGAAUACAAAUUACUUUAUUUAACACAUUAUAGUUCAGAAGAGAUUUUAUAACAAAACUAAAUAAUAGAUGGAUAAAAUUAAAUAGAUUAGAGCAGAAAAAUAUUAAAUUCAGUUGAUUGGAGAAAUAUAACACAAGUGAAAGAUUAAGGAUAAUGUUCAGGAUGUUGGGCUUUUGGAGCAGUAGGAGCUGCAGAAGCUUGGUUUUAUGUUAAAAAUAAAACAAAAGUAAUAUUAUCAGAAUAAUAAUUGAUUGAUUGUGAUACUCAAUCUUUUGGAUGUAAUGGAGGAUAUUAGAAUUUAGCAUUAAAAUAUAUUGCUAACCAUGGAUUAAAUGAUGCUAAAAUAUAUCCAUACACAUAGAAAUAAUCAAUUAUUUGUAAAAUGGAUUCAGGACCUUAUAAAACAAAUGGAGCAUAGAGUGUGAGUUCAAUAAAUUUUAAAUCUUAUUUAACGGAAUAUCCAUUAGUUGUACUUGUAGAUGCUACAAAUUGGUAAUUUUAUGGAGGGGGAAUAUUUAAAGAUUGUAAUAGAUCUGUAAAUCAUGCUGUUUUAGCUGUAGGAUUCGAUGAUAAUGAUAAUUGGUUUGUUAAAAAUUCUUGGGGUUCUUCUUGGGGUGACAAAGGAUUUAUUACUCUUGCCCCGGGAAAUACUUGUGGUAUUACUUCUUAUGCAUAUAGAGCUAUAUGAUAUUUAUAUAUAAUUAAUAAUCUUUUUAUAGUAAUUCAAUGUUUAAUUAAAUUAAUUGGAGAGAAAAGAAUGCAAUUGAAACACUAUUAAACUUAAAUGAUGAUUACUAAAAUGAAAUUGAUUAUGAUAGAGAAAUUCAACGUUUAUUCAAACCUCAUGAAAAUUCUAUUAAUCAGAUUGUGUAAAAACCUAGAUCUUAACUUCUUAAACUUAUUUGUCCAAAAUCAAAUACUAACUUAAGUUUUGAGUUUAAAGGUAAAUCACUGGAUAAGUAAUCAGAAAGAAUUAUUGUACCAGAUUAAUACAGACCAAAAUAUUUAUUAUAAUAAUUAAAAACUCAAAGAAAUCUACGUCAUGUAUCAGAACAUCGAACUGUUAAUGUACCAACAAUUUAAAUUGUUCAAUCACUCUAAACUAUAAGUCUGAUUGAAAGAACAGGUCUAACUUAAAUGAAGAAGCAAAGAUAGAAAGUUGUUUAAGUACCUAGAUUUAUAUUGAAAUCAAGAUAAAAGCUAUGA